AUGGAAGCGUGCAGCAGCACCACAUCAAACCAGAAAAUUAAGCCAAAAAGCAGGAAACCUGAUGGACCCCGUACUCCCAGAAGCGAAUUUGAAAUGAUUAAUGAGAAAAUCAGAUGCAUUCACACUCCUCUUAUAGAUUUGAAACAAAUUCGACCCGAGGAAAAAUUUUUGGGUAGAUUCAGAUUGUAUGUUGGAAACAUCGCCAGUUCUGUAACUAAAGAGGAUUUAGAGGGCCUAUUUAAAGUGUUUGGGGAAGUUAACGAUACCUUCAUCCAACAGAAUAAAAACUUUGCCUUCAUAAGGAUGGAUUACUAUCACAAUGCCCUCAAAGCUAAGCAACAACUAAACGGCAGUGUUCUGAAGGAGCGUAAAAUUUACAUAACUUUCUCUCCUCAGGCCAGCAUUCUCGUAAAGCAUUUAUCUCCUUCGGUUAGUAACGAGUUGUUACAUAUCGCUUUUAGUGUAUUCGGGGAGGUAGAAUACUGUUUCAUUAUUACUGAUAAGCGUGGGAAAUCAACAGGAGAGGGCGUAGUGGAUUUUGUGAAGAAAGGUUCUGCUACGGCUGCCAAGAAAUAUUGUACCGAACACAUGUUCUUCAUCACGUCUUCUUUGAAACCUGUUACUGUUGAAGAUUAUGUACCCCCGCCCGAUAUGGAUGGAAUGCCAGAAGAAAUGGUUCGGAAGUCUCACUCCUUAUACGAAGAAAGAGAAAUGGGGCCCAGAUUUGCUAUUCCUGGGUCCUUCGAGUACGAAUAUGCUCAGCGUUACAAAGAUCUGUGGCAAAGCUACAAUAUAAAACUAAAUAUGCUUAAAGCAGAACAGGAAUCGGAAGAGCGUAAAUUGGAGAUAGAUUCGAUGCGGGCAAGGUACGAUCACGAGACUGAGAGAUUGAAGAAUAUGAUAAGGCAGCGUGAGCUGGAGAAAGAAAGAUACUGUCAGAAGCUGGAGGAACAAGCUAGGCAGUCACAGAGGGUGGAAAGUCUUUUGCUGGAGGACGCCUCAAAAAUUGAGUUCAAACCACCCGAUAAUCUUUUCAUGCAGGCAUCGCAGUUGAACGAUAUGUUGGACUCUGAGGAACGGGAAAUGCAGGAGCAGCAAUGGAGAAUGGCAGAAUUUAGAAGUGACUACGAUAUGGGCAGCUACCAAGAACGCUAUUAUGAACAUAACAGUAGUAGGCGAAAAAUACCAGAAGUCAUCGUUCACUGCCAAAAAAGAUCCAGAUUUAACAAAUAA